GUCUUUAAAAUAGAGGUGCUAAUGAGUGGAAGGAAACAUUUUGUGGAGAAGAGGUAUAGUGAAUUCCAUGCACUUCAUAAAAAGCUCAAGAAGUUCAUAAGAACUCCAGAGAUCCCUUCAAAGCAUGUGAGAAACUGGGUCCCCAAGGUUUUGGAGCAGCGACGGCAAGGCUUGGAGUUGUACUUGCAG